AUGACUAAUCAAUUAUCACCAUUAAAUCGUGAGUUUAUCCAAAAAGAAUCACCAUCGAUGAAAAGAAAAGAGUGUGAAGGAGAAGCCGAAAGUGGUACAAAAUACGGUAAAAACACUAAAAAUGAUAACAUCGGUAACGGAAAACAAAAUCCUGCUGCAAAAAAGAUAAAAUUAUGCACAAAUGAAAUAGACGGCUUACAAGUUAUUAGAGAUUUCAUCGAUAAAGAAGAACGAAAGUUACUGUGGUCCAAUAUAUGUAAAGAAAAUUGGAGUAAAGAAAUAACUCGAGAUACUUUACACUAUGGUCAACGAUAUGAUUACAAAACAAGAACAUUAGUGAACGAUGUAAAAGAAAUACCCGAAUGGAAGUAUCGAGAAUCAAUAAAACGUCGAGGAAUGUCAGACAAUCUGACAAGACACCCGCAAGAAAGAUGGACCAAAGAACGAUAUGAGUAUCUGAUGUGCCCUCUUUGUCAUUCACCACUUGAUUCAUGCAUACAAUUGCAUUGUUGCGGCAUGAGGGUCUGUGAAACCUGUAUCCCUAUCAUCAAGAAUGGUGGCUUUAAAUGUCCAUUAUGUUAUGCUUUCCCUGUUGACGGCGAUCCGGAUAAGGGGUUCAUGCGUGAAAAUAAAAAUAUAGAACACUUUAAGGGAACAUCUUAA